AUGACCACAAAACCAAUAGUACUAAGAUUAGGAUCCGUUUCUUAUGCCCAAGAAGCAUGGAAAGAAUUGGAAAAGAUAGCCACUGUUGUGGUUGCUGAUUCUCCAAAUCGUGAACAAUUCUUAAAAGAUUUGAAAGGGAAAUAUUCAAAUGUUCAAUACAUUACAAGAACUUUUGCAUCUGCUAAUCAAACAGGAUUAUUCGAUAAAGAAUUAAUUGAUCAAUUACCAGAUUCUUUAAUCGCAAUCGCCCAUAACGGUGCAGGUUAUGAUCAAGUUGAUGCUCAUUCAUUAAUCCCUAAAAAAAUCCAAUUAUCAAACGUCCCAUCUCUGGUUGAUAACGCUACUGCUGAUACUCAUGUCUUCUUAUUAUUAGGUGCCUUGAGAAACUUUGGUGAUGGUCAUCAUAGAUUAUUAGAUGGUAAAUGGCCAUCAAAUCCAAGAGUCGCAGGUGCUGAAGUUGCUAAUGAUCCAGAAGGUAAAACUGUUGGUAUUGUUGGAUUAGGUGGUAUUGGUCGUAAUAUUCUUAAAAAAUUAAAACCUUUUGGUUUUGAAAAAUUCAUAUAUCAUAAUAGAAAUAGAUUACCAGAAGAUCAAGAAGAUGGUGCAGAAUAUGUUUCAUUUGAUGAAUUAUUAGCAAAAUCUGAUAUCAUUUCAAUUAAUAUUCCAUUAAACCCAAAGACAAAACAUUUAUUUAAUGAACAAGUUUUCGAAAAAGUUAAAAAAGGUGUUGUUAUAAUUAAUACUGCAAGAGGUGCAGUUAUUGAUGAAACUGCUUUUAUCAAAUAUUUGAAAAACGGUACUAUUAGAGCUGCUGGUCUUGAUGUUUUAGAAAAUGAACCAAAUGCUAAUAUGGAAUUAGUUUCUUUACCAAAUGUUUUAGCAUUACCUCAUAUGGGUACUCAUUCAUAUGAAACUAUUAAAAAAAUGGAGGAAUUUGUUGUGGAAAAUGUUAAAACAGUUAUUGAAACAGGUAAAGUCAUUUCAAUUGUUCCAGAACAAAAAGGACUUGAUUUAAGUAAAUAA